AAACGCCUUUGUUAAUUCAUCCUUAUAAGGUGACUCUAUUUAGAAUUUUAUUAUAUUUUUGAACCUUGAAUAGACGGGAAUUUUAUGUUUUAAAUAAACAUUUAAAUUCGCUUUGAUAUUCUAUGGAGAUGUCCAUCUGUAACAAAAUUGCAUCGAAAUAUACACAAAGAUAAGAUCAAAGUUAGGUGUGGUUACACAUAUUUUAAAGAAUUCGAAUAAAAAGGAUUUUUACGGUGUUAUAACUAAAGGGCGUGACAUAUUUUGAGUCUUAAGAUUUAAUUUACAUCCUGGUGUAGACGCAGCAGCAAACCAUAAACAACAUCCGAACGAUAGAACAUAACUUGAUAUCAAAACCUGUGUGCCUAUUACGAUGGCGACAACAACUGUAUUUGUCGUUUUAUUAUGCGUCGGUUUCAGUUCCAGUGAUCAACCACUCGUUUCCCCGUCUGAUACAGCGGUGUUGGUAGGAGAUCAAGUAACCAUGAAAUGUGAACAGAAUCCUAAUGAACCAAUAUCAACACUUUUGGCAUGGAAAUACAAAGCUCAUGAUCAAACUAUCGAUGAAUCUAUUUCUGCUGCCAACAACAUCAUGCCCGGUCCAAAUGGAAUUAUCGCCCAGUCAUUUACAUUUGGGGAAACAACGUAUGAUUUACUGCUAUCCACUGCAGCCUCAACUUUUGCCGGUCGAUACACAUGCGAGGAUAUUAUGGGAACUUUUUUUAAAUCUGCAGAUUUACUUGUCGUAGAUCCAACUGAAUGUCCAAGUAGUCCAAUGACGGUGACAGCUGGCGACACUGUAACUCUAACACUGACCCCUCCCACACUAUACCAGCCUCCUGGUGACAGUUACGCAAUCAAGUACAUUUGGAAAAAGGAUGGGAACAUUCUAGCUGGAGUAACAUCCAACGAGUAUUCGGAAGCAGCUGGGACGGCAAGUUUUACCAUUUCUGUAGAGUAUAGUGUCUACAAGGGCGACGUACUCGUUCCUGGAGUACAAGAAUCCUGUGAAGUGGUAUACAAUGUUGAGCUUCCUACGACAGUCACAGUUAUAACCCGCCCUACCGAUAAAGCUGCUUGCUCGGGAGACAACGUUGUGGUAACCUGUGAAAUUGAUCUGACGGGGCUCGAUCUGAACCAAGAAGUAACAUACUGGGACAAAAUGUCUGAAGGAAACUCAAAUACUAAACUCUCAGAAAUGAACACCAAUAUUGUACCCGCAAUAGAAAGUGCAUUUCCUGGUAAAUAUGGAAUAAGUAGUACAUCCAAGUUCAGUUUGGAGAUCAGAGAUGUUCAAAUAGACAACGCCGGCGGUUAUAGCUGCAUUGACGCAUCAACGGGGAAUCCUAUUGGAGACAUAGCCAACUUGAUUGUAAUAGACUCAACAUGUCCGGAAGCAACCAAGGCGGUUACGAAAGGCGAUAACAUAGUGCUGGAGUGUUCAUUUCAAAGUAGCAUUGAUGCAGGCGGUGUCUCGUCGAUCGAAUGGAGUGUUGAUGGGAAUGUAGUUUCUGCUGGAAUUACUGAAACUAAAAAUGACAAAACUACAACGUCUACAUACACAACGCAAGCUGUAACAAAUCUGGAUGGAAAGACUAUUAAAUGCUCUAUUACUCAUCUAGAAAAUGAAUGUGAAUGUUUGACCAGCAUUAGUAUUAUAACCCCACCAACUCAAGGUAUCACAGUCACUAAAGGCCCAUCACACACAGCAGUUCUAAUGGGAGCUCCAACGGUGACUUUGGAUUGUGAGGUUCAAUAUGACCAAACGCACAUCAUAUCUUGGGAAGUUCCGUCUAAAGUUGGAGCAAUAAGUACAAAUCUUGCACUUCAAAAUGGCAUAGAUGCUAAUAAGUAUGCAAUUAGCACAACAAACCCUCUAAGUCUUGAAAUAAAGAACGUUGAUGGGACUGACGUUGGACGUUAUACGUGUCUUGACGUGACUGGCAACGUCGCUCUAGGUGGCAUAAGGCCUUACUUAAUGGUCAUGGAAAAAAUGGAAUGCCCAACCUCGCCGAUUGAGGUUAAAGAAGGUGAAGAAAUCCAGCUUCAGCAGAUUUUAGAAUACGUGGUCGGACCCGGUAAUAACCCACCUCAGUCCCCUGUUAUUGCGUGGGUUCUAAAUGGUUCCCCCUUAGACCCAAAUGAGGCGACAGUAUUUGUGAAUCCCAAGAAUACACUUACAUCUGUUGUUACAUAUAAUCCAUCGACCGCCGGUACCCUGACAUUCACAGCGUCUGUCAACUUCUGGGGGUAUCAGGAUGAAUGCACACAUACGUACAAUGUCGCAUCGGUAGUUCCUGAACCCGUUGAUGGAUCAUUCGAUUGCAGACGUCACAACACAGCCUGUCAAAAUGGCGGAGUAUGCAACUGGGCCAAUAAUGUUGGCACCUGUAAUUGUCCUAGCGGAUACUCUGAAUUUGACUGUAGCAUUCAGGAUAACACAGUAGGUGGUUCAUGCACACCUGAGUGCGUAGCAGACAAUACUCUGGCAUGUGUAGAUGUUGACGGGGGAACUUGCGUCUGCAAAUACCCGUUUACAAAUAUAGUGGGAACUGCCGAAGACUGUUCAGUCAAGAGGGUCGACGUGACGUGUACAGCAUCCAAUAUGGUGGUUACAAUCAUCCCAUACUUUGGCAAACCGAAGACCCAGUUUGAAGGGAAGAUUUUUAUUCGGGAUUUUGAUGAUCCUCCCUGUGAUUUUUCAUAUGUUAACAGCGAAUAUUGGAGUAGUGGAGAAAUAGGUUAUGAGCAGUGUGGAGUGAACAAAACAGAUGAUGCUCCUAAGGCUGGCAUGAUAACCUAUGAAGUGAAAGUGGUUGUGGCGUAUGAUCCUUGGGUUAUAACUUCAUUAGACGAAGUUGUCACUGCUCAAUGUACAAUGAUGGCCACUGGCGAGAUCACUACCACAUGGGGCGUUGAAAAUGUCAUUGAUUUAGCCGCUCUUAAAGACGGGGGUUCUGCUAUUGGGAAUGUUUCUCCUGUCUCAAUAUCUGUGACUGAUGCUGACGGCAAUGAAAUUUCAAGCAGUGCUGACAUAGGUGAACCAUUGGAGCUACAUUUCAUGCAGGUCGACCCGAAUGCUGGAACAUUUGCCGUGACAUCUUGCACAGCUUAUGACAAAAUGACGAUGGAUGGAGACUCUUACCCAAUUAUACAGGACAGGUGCAUUGCCCAAGGCGCUUCUAAAGUAAUCAACUUUGAAGGUGGCCCAAUUGAAAUUACUGAAGGAAAGAAAGUAUUGAGGUUCCUUUCAUUCAAGUUUCCAGGGACUUCCAGUGUUGUACUUCAGUGUGAUUUAGAAAUAUGUGCUGAUGAAAACGACCCCGCCUGUGCAGACAAGACUGACUGUGAUGGGCCAGUGUCACAAGGUCUAAGAAAACGAGCAGCAACCAGCAAUAUUAUAGAAUAUAGGAAGUCUUGGACUGUAACGGUGAAGGGAGCAAAAACAGAAGCUGGUUGUUCGACACUUGCGCCUAGUAUGUUGUUAUUAACCAUGGCUGUAGCAAUGCUGUUGUAGAGUAUGUCCAGUCCUUCACUCUCUUCUGCAUCCAAUCCUGCACCUGAGGAUCAAAUAAUAAAUACAUUGACUCACUCUUUUAAAUUGAUGAAAUGAUGUAUUAUCUUGUGUGGACCCCAAUCGAGUAUGUCAUGACUCAACGAGUUUGAAACUGCAAGUAGAAAACAAGGCAUUCAAGUUGGCAAGCCUAGCUAAGUGAAGUACUUUAGUUCUUGGACUCUUUUUGUCAGCUAGAGACAAAUUUUAAGUCAUAUAUCAAUCCAGAAACACAAACAGUCGUUGUAACAUACAGUCGGUGGUUAAUGUGACUAUUUAUUGAUACGUCAGACUAAAAUAUACCCCUAAAGGAAUGUACAGAUUUGUAUGUACCAUAUUACUCAAGUAUUAUGCAUAGUCAUACAUGAAAAAAUGAUUUGACCAAAGGUAUACCACGAAGAAAGUGACAAUAUAUUUUGUUAAUAAAGUAAACAAUAUUCUACAUCUAAUAAUUAUGUUUUGUGUAUUAUGAUUUACUCAGUUAUUUGAUGGAUAAUUGAUGUUUGAUGUUAUAAAUCAACAUUUUUACCCAUCUAUGAUGAAAGCCCCACGUCUCAAAUUAUGAUGUCAUGCGCAUCAUAUUUAAUAAUUUUUUACACAUCUAACAUGAAAGCCCC